UUCCGGAAGUGGUUGGGGACCGCUGCGGGGCAACACCCCGGCGUCCCUGGAAGCGGGAAAGCUGGGAACCCCGGGUGGUGCUGGGGAAGCUGCAGACCCGGGAACCCUCGCCCAGAACUUUCCGGGGUGAGGGACAGAUUCUGGGAUUGGCAGGAGAUGGAUGAGUGCAAUUGGAUGACCCCUCCCCUACAAUUGUUGUGGCUCAUACAAGGUCUCAGGCCUGGUGGCAAAUAAGGCUCAUCAGAUUUCAACUGAUCUGUUGGCAUUUGAGCCCAGACCAAUCAUGGCCGGAAGACCUGUCCGCAUAGGAGACCAGCUGGUUCUGGAGGAAGAUUAUGAUGAAACCUACAUCCCCAGUGAGCAAGAGAUUCUUGAAUUUGCCAGAGAGAUAGGUAUUGAUCCCAUCAAGGAACCGGAACUGAUGUGGCUGGCACGGGAGGGCAUUGUGGCCCCACUGCCCAUGGAGUGGAAACCUUGCCAGGACAUCACAGGUGAUAUUUACUAUUUCAACUUUGCCAAUGGGCAGUCUACCUGGGACCACCCCUGCGAUGAGCACUAUCGGAACUUGGUAAUCCAAGAGCGAGGGAAGCUGUCAGCUUCUGGGGCCAUUAAGAAGAAAGACAAGAAAAAGAAAAAGGAAAAGAAAGACAAGAAAGACAAAGAGACCUCGAAAAGUCCCAUGGAAACACAGCCUGAGCAGGGACUGCUGCCUUCUUCCUCCUUUCUCCGUGGCCCAUCCCCUCUCCCAGCACCUGGGCUUGCUGAUCUGGACUUAGACCAAGAGAUGCAGGCUAGAAGUGAGGGCUCCUUUAAGAAAGGGAAGAGCCCAUGCAUGCUUGGUGAUACCCCCUGGCCUCUCAGGGGCACCCUGCCCAACAAGCUACAGCCACUCUCCAAAGGCCAAGCUUCCCGAACUCACCAAAUCUUUGCUGACGUGGAGAAAAUCUUAGGCAGGGCCCCAGCCCAAUGCAGGACGGAAUUAGGUGAUCAGCAGGGUCUGGAGAAAACCCAGAAGCCGACUGAGAACAUCUACCUGGGGUUUUCAGACCCUGAAAUAGAAGAACUGGAAAUGAGGACCAGACAGCAGAAACUCGGCCCUCUGGGCCCUGAGAACAGUGGGCUGCUCCAGAAUGAGCAGGGUGUGUUGGAAAGCAGGAGCCAGGCCUCUGCCCACUCAAAGCUUUCUGAAACCAUCAAGGGCCCACAGAUGAAAGGCGAGCAGCACACCUACACCAUGGCCAAACUGAGCUCCACUGGCCCUGGGGGGGACAAGGGCCAGAGCUUUGUUUCUUCACCAUCCCCUGAGGAGGACCUCUCCCUGUCUCCUUGUUCUUCUCACCAGAUGCUGCCUACUGGGAAGAGCAAGCUGUUCUUGUUAGAUAGUGGCCCAGCUGAAGACUUGAGCUGUCAGGGUGUUUUGGGGGAAGGUGGGAGUGUGGGUUGGGGAAGGAGGAGGAGAGAGCCCCCAGGAUUGUGGAUGGGACAGGUCUCCAAGCUUGUGAACAAGGACACUCCCAGGAGCUGCAAGGAAACAGAGCUCAAUGAUCCUGAGGAUCUAGGGGCCUCAGCUGAAGAUCCACUUCAGAGACUCUCCCUAAUACUGCCCAAUACUUUGGCAUCAGAACCAGCCCAGAAUGCCCCUUCAGGGAGUGUCCCUCAGGCAUCUCCUACCAGUGAGAAGAGAUACCUCCCAUUGUCUACAGAGCCCCCUGAAGAAGACAGGAAGCCCAGUGGUGAUGGGUCUGACUUAGAGAACAACAGCAACAGCAGUCUAGCUUCUCACCUUAGCUCUCAGGUCGUGGGUGAAGUGAAUAACUUCCCAUGGGACCUGCAGAGCUGUCCGGGAUCUGAGCAGGGUGUGGGUGAGGCAGGCCUUGGACCCAGAGAUCUACACUCUGGCCCUUUCCUAGUGCCCCAGUUGUCCCACCUGCAGGGCUCUGCUGAUGAGCAGUCAGAGAGUGAAGACUACUCCGAGGAUCAGAGGUUCUACCAGCACAUCCUGCAGAUGGCCAAGAUCUCCAAGCAGCUGGAGGACCUGGGGCUGCCAGAGAGCAUGCAGGAAAUGCCAUGCAGAGACUUGGCCAGCAUGGUUGGCUGCACAACAGCUCGGUCUCCCAGGAUGUCUCCUGUGGGUGAGCACAAGGCCACCAGCGUAAUGGACAGGGACUUACAGUUUCUGGGUUGGGGGCCAGAGCUGCUGGAGCAUCCUCAGGAGAUGGCCCUUGCCCCAGCUGGGCAGGAGGUCUCUCAGCAAGCCUGUCUUCAGCCAAGCAGCAGCCCUCUCAGUCAGGGGCUAGUCGAGCUGAGUUCCAACAGAAGACUUGCUGUAGAGCCAGGCAAGAUGCAGCUUCUCAACCAGGCCCUGGUCUCCUCACUAGCCUCAGUCCAUAUUCCUGUUGGGGGCCUGGCUCCCUUACGAGGCCUUGAGGAUGCCCCACCCUCUGCUCUUCAAGUUUCUCAAACUGUGAACUUGGGGAAUGCAGUGGAGUCUGGCCAGCUCGGAGAACUCACGCUGCCUUCACAGGGUCUCAAGACUUCUGCUUAUACAAAUGGUCACGUGGGCCCCAUCCAUGAGGACAAGAAUGCUGUCAGCCUCUUUGCUUUAGGGGAGGAGGCCAAUGAGGAAGAUGAGGUGGAGAGUGACAACCAGAGUGUUGGCAGCUCAAGUGAGCUUCUUAAGAACCUGCACCUGGAUAUUGGGAUGCUGGGAGGCGACUUUGAGUAUGAGGAGUCUCCAAGAACAAGCAAGCCAGAGGAGAAGGAUGUCUCUCUUGGAUCUGACGCUGCCUGUCCCACUGCUCCCCGCAAGCUCUUUAGCCAGGCUGCAGAGGGCAGUCUGAUCAGUGCAGAGGACAGAGGGCAGCUGGGGAGAGGGGCCAGCGCUUGGCUCCCAGAGGUAGAAAAGAAUGGCAAGAGUGAUCCUGUGAUGUCCAAGAGUCUGGUGGACCCUGGGAGCAAUCAGCCUGCCAAAUCCAAUAAAAAAGAUGCACCAGAGGACCCAGUGGCUGCAGGAGAGGAGGGUUCCAGGAAGGAAGAGGCAGCAAAGGAGCUGAAGAAGGAGGCUGCUGUCCCAAAAGAGAGCAGAUCAGACGCCAGUGAAGAGCCAGAGAUCAGUGAACACAUGAAGGAACUACAGCUCUCCUACUCUGCUGCUUCCGACCCCAAGUCCUUCCUUGGCCUGGACUUUGGUUCUCGUAGCCGAACCUCAGAGCACCUGCUGGAUGUUGAUGUGCUUUCCCCAGUGCUGGGUGGAGCCCACUGGGAGGCCCAGAGCUUGGGUAGAGAAGACAAGGAUAACAGCCAGUCCAGUGAAGAUGAGCUACAGAGCAAGCAGUCCAAGGGCUUGGAGAGGUUAUCUCCUUUACUUCUGCAUGGGGAGCGACUCAAGAGUUCCCUUCGCAGCCAGGCCACUGAAAAAGGGCCUCUGCAGGCCCCUGACGGGCAGCCUGAGUGGAAUGGGGCAGAGGAGCCUGGGGAGGUCCCUGCAGGCAGCUCCAUCCCACCUGAUUCCCUGCAAAGGGAGGAGAUCCCAGGCCCACCUGCUGCCUGCAGGAGGGUCAAGGAGCAGUGCUCCCAGGCCAAGGAGCCCAAGGAGAAGGUGGUGGUCAGCCUUACCCUGCCAGUCUCUCCUGAGGUAGAGAAGACAGCAUGCCACACCACACAGGGUCACGUGGGGAAGGACCAGCGCUGCUCAGGAGGCAGAAGAGGCGAGAGGGGAGAACAUGGUCCAAAGCCUUUAUUAGGGUUUUCAUGGGAAGGCAUGGAUGAGGCAGGGCGAUCUCCAGAGCUUGUGGCUCCCCCAGAGCAGCUCUCAGAGGCCACCGUGAAAGCCAUGGAAGAGGCAGUGGCCCAAGAAUUUGAGCAAGAUCAGAGGCAACUACUGGAAUUGAAGCAAGAGAAGAUGCAGCAGCUGCGGGAAAAGCUGUGGCAGGAGGAGGAAGAGGAGAUCUUCCAGCUUCACCAACAGAAAGAGAAGUCUCUUAGUUUCCUAAAGGAGCAGCUACAGAAAGCCACUGAAGAAGAGGGAACUCGGAUGAGAGAAGAGGAAAGCCAGAGGCUGUCCCAGCUCCGGGCCCAGGUCCAGUGCCGUGCAGAAGCAGAUGAGGACCAGAUCAGGGCUGAGCAAGAGGCUUCGCUGCAGAGGCUAAGAGAGGAGUUGGAGUCUCUACAGAAGAGCGAAAGGGCCAGCUUGGAACAGAGAAAUAAACAAAUGCUGGAGCAGCUCAAGGAAGAGAUGGAGUCUUUGGGGAAGAGGGAGCAGGCUGCCCUGAUCUCCGAGAAAAAGGAGGCUCUGCAGCAGCUGAGGGAGCGGCUGGAAGGAGAGAGGAAGGAAGUGGUGGCAGCACUGGAGAGGGAGCACAGAGCUGAGUUGGAGCAACUCUCUUCCUCCCUGAAGGCCAAGCAUAGACAGGUUGUCUCCAGGCUCCAGAAGAAGAUAGAGGAAGCUCAGCAGAAAGAGGAGGCCCAGCUGCAAGAGAGCCUGCGGGGGACGGAGCAGAGAGCACAGCACAGAGUUCACCAAGUAGUAGAGUAUGAGCAAGAGCUCAGUGCUCUCCUGAGAGAGAAGCGCCAGGAAGUGGAAAGGGAGCAUGAGAGGAAGAUGGACAAGAUGAAGGAGGAGCACCAGCAAUUGCUGGCUGAGGCCAGAGAGCAGUAUGAAGCUGAGGAGAGGAAGCAGCGAGCUGAACUCCUGGGGCACCUGACUGGAGAGCUGGAGCGCCUGCGAAGGGCUCAUGAGCAAGAACUGGAGACCGUGAGGCAGGAGCAAGACAAGCGGCUGGAGGACUUGCGGCAUCGGCAGUGGGAGCAGGAAAGGAAACUUCGAGAUUUAGAGGUGGAACUUGAAACCAGAGCCAAAGAUGUCAAGGCCAGAGUGGCUGAGCUGGACAUCCAGGAGGAGACUGUCCGGAAGGAGAAGCAGCAGCUCCUUGAUGUGAAGAAGCAGGUUGAGCUGGAGAGCAAGAAAGUCACAGCCACCCAUCAUCAACUGGAAGAGGCAAAGAAGGAGCACACCCACCUGUUGGAGUCAAACCAGCAGCUCCGAAGAAUUCUCGGUGAGCUUCGGACCCACAAGUUGGAGCUGGAAUCCCAGGUGGAUCUGCUGCAGGCCCAGACUCAGAGGCUGCAGAAGCACAUCAGUGAUCUGGAGGCCAAAGCUCAGAGGAAGCAGGACACACUGAAAGCGCUGGCAGUCAAGAAGAGCAGUGCUUCCCCAUGUUUUGAGCCAGAUCUCCACAUUGAAGACCUGAGGAGAUCCCUUGGAACUAGCCAGACCGAAGAGGUACCCUCUUCUGUGUCCCAGAGCAAGGAGGACACUGACUUGUCCCUGGACAGCUUCCGGCACUACCUCUCUGCCGAGGGGGUAGCUCUCCGCAGUGCCAGGGAGUUCCUGGUGCAGCAGAAACACUCCAUGCGGAGGCGGCAGAUAGCUCUGAAAGCUGCCCAGCAGCACUGGCACCAUGAGCUGGCUAGUGCUCCGGAUGCAACCAAAGACCCACUAGGCACCAAGGCCCUGGAGGACGUGCGGAAGGACCUGCAGGAGGAGGAGAGGCACCUGGAUGAGAUGCAGUCGGCCAUGCGGAAAGGCCACAACCUUCUCAAGAAGAAAGAGGAGAAGCUGAAUCAGCUGGAGUCCUCUCUGCAGGAAGAGGCUGCAGGUGAGGAUGCACUGAGAGGAACCCCCACCAAGAAAGUGGUGACCUUUGACCUCAGCAGCUCAGAAGACACUGGCAGUGAAAGUUCAGAAUCCUGUGCCCUGCCUCACAUUGGCCUGACAGAAAGCCCCACCUUACUCAACAAGAUUCACUACUUGGACAGCUCCCUGCAGCGGAUUAGCAGCCAGCUAAAUGAUGUCCUCAGCAUGCUGGGUGUCCUCAACACUCAGCCACCACCUCCGCUCCUCACUUCCACCUCAGCCCAGAUCCCACCCCCAUCCUGCAGGAGUGCUCUCCUUCCUACCCACGUCUCUCCGGGCCGAGUCUCAGCUUCAUCCCCUGCUACACCCAUGUCCACCCACUGGGCCUGGGCCCCGGGGCCAGGCCCUAGGCUCUCCUCCUCUGUGACUCAAACGGUGGACGACUUCCUGGUAGAGAAGUGGCGCAAGUAUUUUCCAACUGGGGUCCCAUUCCUCAGCAGCAGCCCUGCCCCCUUGGAGAACAGGCUGGGUUACGUGUCUGCCAGUGAGCAGCUCCGCCUCCUGCCGCGGCCCCAGUCACACAUCCCUGAUGUGGGCAGCACAAACUUUCAGGGCAUGAUCGAGGCUAACCUGAAGUGGCUAGAACGUUACAAGAGUGACCCCAAGUUCCAGACAUCUUUUCUCGGUGCAUAAGCCCUCAGCCACUCUGGGCCUCCAGCAGCUGGGCCUGGACCAGAACAACAGACUGAAGAUAUAUCGCUCUUGAGGCCCUGAGCAAUGGCGUUUGGGGCACCUAGCGUCUCCUGCACCCAGACCAAGUGCCUAAGGAGGGCCCUGCACUUUAUUUCCUCUGAUAAAGCAUUCUCCUGUUCCCUCUUUGCUGCUUGCCCCAAUCAAAACUUGGAGGAACUACAGAGGGGAAGUGGGCUGGGAGAAAGGAGGGUACGACCGAAAGCAGUGAGUCACCAGCAGUGAUCACGUAAUGGGUCUCAGGCCAAAAUACGUGGACUUUUCUGAGCUCCUGCAUGGACACGGCAACACUGGGACAUGGGCACCUUCAGGACGAGGCUUUAGAGGAGUUCACAUUGAAGGCCAGGGGACUCCCUUUGGAGCCAAGUGGAUCCCUCAUACCUGCAGGGCACUUCCCAGUUCUGUGUGUGGUCCUCACUUCACUGGAACGAAGCCCUCGGCCUGUCUGUUCCCAGGGACCAGCCUCUGUCUCUUCGAUACCUCAGCCUCAUGGAGAUCAGGCCCUUUUCUUUUUUCUUCCCUUUUCCUUUCUUUUUCCUCCCUCCCUCUCCCUUCUUUUUUAAAUGUCCUCUUUCUUGAGCCCUGUUUCUCCUUUUAAAUAUCUCAGGAUUGGACUCAGAGCCCUGCCAGAGGUUUCUGGAGGCAGCCAGAGUUUUGUCACUUAUCUACUGCCUGCUGGCACUGUGCUGUUUCAGGGGCUGUCCUCAGUACCCCACCCCCUUCCCUUCUCUGGGCCUUCUCCCCAGAGCCCUCCCAGCUGGCUUCUCAGGUCUCAAGCACACAACUUUCAGGAAGACAACAAGCCAUAGGAAAAGUCUGGCAUGGUUUCUGGUCCUCACUUUGCUUUUUUCCACCUUGGGUGUAUCCACAGGUUCUUGUUUCCAUCUUGUUACCUUUUCUACCUGUGCCUGCCCCUGCUGCCUGCCCCUACUGCCCCUUCUCAGAGCUUAGAGGCUCAUUCUGAAGGCGGUAAAGGGCUAGGCCAUUGCUUCACCUUGGCAGUGAUGGGUCUUGUGUCAUUUUGGCUCAGCUUCCUGCAGCCCCACUUCUCAUCAGCAGGCUCCCUGGGACUAUAGAGGGUGUUCUCUGACAUCUGUCUCAUUUUUAAAUUAAAUGUCCCCAUUUUUCUUGUCUUGAAAGCUGGGGGGUUGCCCUUGUUCUAAUGCCUAGAAACCAAGUCUCCACCAUCCCACUAAUUUCUUUGUGCUGUAGAUUAAGAAAUGAAGAUCCUUGGCUUUUUACCCUACCUCCCAUUCUAACCCCAUAUAUCCUGCUGUCAGCCUACCACACAGAAAACUCCUAUUUCCUUGUGUGGUUGGUUCUGUGUGCUUUGGGACUAGUGUGUGUGUCACAGCCACCUCGGGUAACAAUCCCACGUUUUGUACCUCAAGUAAAUCUCUGCAGGUCCAUGUUCUACAAGGUGACUGGUUGUGUGAAUGUAUCUCCAGUCCGAAGGCCUUUAUUUCCUUCAUCUUAAGAAUAGAGGAAGGACAAUUUAAUAUUCACAGAACAUUUCCUAGGUAGCUGAUCUAAUCAUUACAACAGACCUAUGAUGCAGCAAUUUUCAUCUUUGGUUCUGUGAAUGAGAAAAUCAAGGUUCAGAGGUCUUUAAGAACCUGGGGUCCUGGAGACAGCAGCUGAAUUCCCUACAAGUAGAUUCCUCACACCCAUCCUGUGCCCUGCAGCCCGUCCCCUGCUGCCAGCCUUAGGAAGUGCUGACCUUCUCCAUCUCUCCCUUCGCCCCGCUCCCUGCUCUGCUGCCUACCAGAUGGAGACCCGCUGUGCGUUUCCCAAAGGGCACUGGUUUUCCCGUGCAGGCAAAUGAAGCCUGAAGCAGGCAGAUUUAGGUGGGUAUUUUUCCCAACUCCAGCAGUGUGAACAACCUCCAUACAGUGCAGAUUUGGAUCUGCAGCAACAGAGAUAGGAGGAGAACCAGCUGGAGAUGGCUGUGUUUCAUGGAUUUGCAUCAGAAAACCAACUUAAAGAAAAAGCAUACAAACUAACCCAGGUGUCCUACCUGCUCUGAUGAAGGCAGGGAGAAAGGAAGCAAGCUAACAUUUGUUGAACACCUGUAUGCCAAGUGCUUUUAAUAUGUAAUCCUUUAAACCUAUGAAGUUGGUAAUCAUAUUUUAUAGAUGAGGACAUUUAGGCUCAGGUUAAAUGACUGUAGUUUAAGGUCACUAGGAUUUGAACCCAGGUUCAUACAUCCCUGAAGCCAAAUCCUGUUGACCAGUAUUGCCAGCAUCUCCUAUCUUCCUCAUAGCUUGCAGAGCAGUCCUCACCAGCUUGCUGUAAAGACCUCGGCCGCAGGAAGGGGGUGGCUUCUGGCUGAGUGAGCACUGCCCCCCCACUCGACCCCACUGCGGCCAGUGUUUACAAAGUGACUUUUUCAAGACUCCCAAAUUGUCCCAUCCUUCCCCUCAUGGAUUUUAGAAUCUGCCUUGGGAGUCUAGAAUGAGACAUUUACAGCUGAAAGGAGCCUUGCAGAUGUCUGGUUCAGCACACUCAUUUCACAGAGGAGGAAAUGGCCUGGGGAGGUUACAGAAGUUGUCCAGAGUUAGUGUGUGGCAGAGGCGGGGCCAGAACUGAGGGACUGGUUCUGAAACUCCCAGCCUGAGGUUUCAGGAGUGUUUUCUGAAGGCUAUUUAUUUUGAAUAGGCUGUAUGUUCACAUGCUCAAUGUUCAAAUGAUAUAAAAGUCACUCCAUUACGGGCCAUCUGGUUUUCCCCUUGAAGGAAACAAAUAUACCAGUUCCCUCUGGGGAUUUUAUGCAAAUACAAAGGAAAAAAAUGGACACUCUUUUGAUGUUCUUCCCCUUUGCAGGUGGGCUUAAGAAUCAUUCCUAAUACAGGAAUAGACUCCCAAAGCUCUUGUGAGAGGUUCACUGACUAUUUUCUUAUGGGAGCAAUGUUGGGAAUGAUAAUUGCCCCACUGCACCCCCUCAACUGUCAUGAAACUUACACACAAAAUGGCAGUGCGGUGAGGAGGAAAAUAACCCUGGCUUUUGGAUGCCUGACUCUGACACCUAUAAGCUCUGACCUGAACAGGUCCUUUCUGGGCCUGUGCCUUCCCUGCUCAAAGGCGCAAAGCCUGAAUCCAUGCUCCAGGGAUGAAGCAGGGUGACUGCCUCAGCUUCAGUGGCUCUGAGGAUCCACUGUGGGUGGGGAUCUGCCCUCUUCCAAAGGGAGGCUCACUGCUGCCAGUGGCCUACGAUAGGGCUUGGUGGGGUGGGGGGAUUUGCCAGUCCUGCUGCUAGCUUUGUUAGUGGAGAUGGGGAAGUGAUGGUUAUCAUCAGUGUCCUAAUAAAUUGGAACCCCCACCUGCCA